GGGCGCAGCCCCCCGAACCAAACAGGACCGGCAUCUGCCGCUGCUGUCAUCCACAUAAAAGUUGAGCACACAGACAACGAAAUUGACCGUUGAAAAAAAUAUAUAACAAUAAUAUUUAUAUUUUUCCUUCGUGAUAUUACGACUUUUCAUUUCCCCAAACCCGUCCGCAGACGUUCGUGCGCUCCUUCAGCCUGGGUUGCGUAGGCCUGUCGUCGGCAGGUCCAUUCCUCCACAAGAAGCUGGUGCCGUCUCUGUUCUCGCGGAAGCACUCUGCACACCCAGACGAGAGUAGGAAGCUGUGCAGCCUGAGGGUUUUGAAAGGAAGAUGGCUACCCAGUCUGAUCUGAUGGAGCUCGACAUGGCCAUGGAGCCCGACCGCAAGGCGGCGGUGAGCCACUGGCAGCAGCAGUCCUACCUGGAUUCCGGGAUCCACUCUGGGGCCACCACCACCGCCCCCUCCCUGAGUGGCAAGGGCAACCCAGAGGAGGAGGACAUGGACAACCAGGUCCUGUACGAGUGGGAGCAGGGCUUCUCCCAACCCUUCACUCAGGACCAGGUGGCAGACAUGGAUGGGCAGUACGCCAUGACGAGAGCUCAGAGGGUGCGGGCAGCCAUGUUCCCGGAGACCCUGGACGAGGGGCUGCAGAUCCCGUCCACGCAGUUCGAUGGGGCGCACCCCACCAACGUCCAGCGCCUGGCCGAGCCAUCCCAGAUGCUCAAGCACGCCGUGGUCAACCUGAUCAACUACCAGGACGACGCCGAGCUGGCCACCCGCGCCAUCCCAGAGCUGACCAAGCUCCUCAACGACGAGGACCAGGUGGUGGUGAACAAGGCGGCGGUGAUGGUGCACCAGCUCUCCAAGAAGGAGGCGUCGCGGCACGCCAUCAUGCGCUCGCCCCAGAUGGUGUCGGCCAUCGUGCGCACCAUGCAGAACACCAACGACGUGGAGACGGCCCGCUGCACCGCCGGCACGCUGCACAACCUCUCCCACCACAGAGAGGGCCUGCUCGCCAUCUUCAAGUCCGGCGGCAUCCCCGCGCUGGUCAAAAUGCUGGGAUCUCCUGUCGACUCCGUGCUGUUCUACGCCAUCACAACCCUCCACAACCUCCUGCUGCACCAGGAAGGAGCCAAGAUGGCUGUGCGCCUGGCCGGUGGUCUGCAGAAAAUGGUGGCUCUGCUCAACAAGACCAAUGUCAAGUUUCUCGCCAUUACAACAGAUUGCCUUCAGAUCCUGGCUUAUGGAAACCAAGAAAGCAAGCUCAUCAUCCUGGCGAGUGGUGGCCCCCAGGCCCUGGUCAACAUCAUGAGAACCUACACGUAUGAGAAACUGCUGUGGACCACCAGCCGCGUGCUCAAAGUGCUGUCUGUCUGCUCCAGCAACAAGCCUGCUAUCGUGGAAGCCGGCGGCAUGCAGGCCUUGGGACUGCACCUGACCGAUCCCAGCCAGCGCCUGGUCCAGAACUGCCUGUGGACCCUGAGGAACCUGUCGGACGCCGCCACCAAGCAGACGCCUUUAGCUGAAGUAGAUGUGAUGCAGGAGGGCAUGGAGGGGCUGCUGGGCACGCUGGUGCAGCUGCUGGGCUCGGACGACAUCAACGUGGUGACGUGCGCGGCGGGCAUCCUGUCCAACCUCACCUGCAACAACUACAAGAACAAGAUGAUGGUGUGCCAGGUGGGCGGCAUCGAGGCGCUGGUGCGCACCGUGCUCCGCGCCGGCGACCGCGAGGACAUCACCGAGCCCGCCGUCUGCGCCCUGCGCCACCUCACCAGCCGCCACCAGGACGCCGAGAUGGCCCAGAACGCCGUGCGGCUGCACUACGGCCUGCCCGUGGUGGUCAAGCUCCUGCACCCUCCCUCACACUGGCCCCUCAUCAAGGCCACUGUGGGGCUGAUCCGUAACCUGGCGCUGUGCCCAGCCAACCACGCCCCCCUGCGGGAGCAGGGCGCCAUCCCCAGGCUGGUGCAGCUGCUGGUCCGGGCCCACCAGGACACCCAGAGGCGCACCUCCAUGGGCGGGACGCAGCAGCAGUUUGUGGAGGGCGUCCGUAUGGAGGAGAUUGUAGAGGGCUGCACUGGAGCGCUGCACAUCCUGGCCAGGGACGUGCACAACCGAAUCGUCAUCAGGGGCCUGAACACCAUUCCUCUCUUCGUUCAGCUGCUGUACUCCCCCAUCGAGAACAUUCAGAGGGUGGCCGCAGGCGUGCUCUGCGAGCUGGCCCAGGACAAGGAGGCGGCCGAGGCCAUCGAGGCCGAGGGAGCCACCGCGCCCCUCACCGAGCUCCUGCAUUCCCGGAACGAGGGCGUGGCCACGUACGCGGCCGCCGUGCUCUUCCGCAUGUCCGAGGACAAGCCCCAGGACUACAAGAAGCGCCUGUCCGUCGAGCUCACCAGCUCCCUCUUCAGGACGGAGCCCAUGACCUGGAACGAGACUGGAGACCUCGGCCUGGACAUCGGUGCCCAGGGAGAUUCGCUCGGUUAUCGCCCGGAUGAUCCCAGCUACCGCUCCUUCCACUCGGGCUAUGGCCAGGACACUAUGGGCAUGGACCCCAUGAUGGACCACGACAUGGGCGGUCACCACCCCGGCGCGGAGUACCCGGUCGAUGGCCUGCCCGACCUGGGACACGCCCAGGACCUGAUCGACGGGCUGCCCCCAGGCGACAGCAAUCAGCUGGCCUGGUUUGACACCGAUCUGUAAAUAACUACUUUUUAGCUGUAUCGUCUGAAUGAACCUGCAUCGUGAUUUGGCCUGUAGAGUUGCUGGAGGUCUUGAGUGGAGGGGGCUAGUAUCUCGGAAAGUGCCUGACACACUAACACAAGCUGAGUUUCCUAUGGGAACACGUGGAAGUAUAACUUUUUUGUUCUGGUCCUUUUUGGUUGACGUGGAGUACUAUGAAGGAAUUUUUGGAGCGGAUGCAUAAUGGGAGAGUGCAGAAGAGGUGGAUCUAAAGAUGGAGUUCCAAACCCUAGCCUUGCCUGUUUCUUUUUUACACUAUUUUUUUAUUACUCAGUCUCUGUAUGGUACUGACCUAGCUUGCUUUAAAUCUAGCCCUAGACUUUAUUUUUUGUCUUUUUUAUUAUUUUUUUGCAGUCAUUUGUAUUCCUUUAAGUCUCUUGUAGUGUUAAGUUAUAGUG